CCCCGGGCCCCGGCCCACUGGUGGUGCCGGACAUAAAAAUGCCUCUGCCUGCGUCUCUUCUUCCUCUGUCCCCCGAGGCGCUGCGGAACGGAACCACCAGCGCCAUUAGAGGCCACACCACACCAACGCUCCUACCUUCUCUCGCGCGCAUAUACGCAUGUAUGAGGAGAUACUAGCAGGAGGACUGCUGCAAAGGAGAGGGACCUGUUGAUUUGAAAGAUCAAUUUGAAGUACCUUUCGGUGGGUAUAUUAUCAGGUAGCAGAUUCAGAAGUGCGUAGCCGAAGCCCGAAGGGCAGCAUACACAGCAGCUGGCCAAGAUGACUGCCGGUUUCCAGCUCGGUGUGAUUGGGUCUCUUACGCUCUCCGUCGCGUCAUCGGUUGCCAUUGUCAUCUGCAACAAAGCCCUCAUCAGCACUCUAGGCUUUCCAUUUGCUACAACUUUGACAAGCUGGCACCUGAUGGUGACCUUCUGCACCCUUCACGUCGCGCAGCGUCUGCGCUUCUUCGAGCCCAAGGCCAUUGAUGGGCAGACGGUAGUUUUGUUUGGGUUGCUAAAUGGAACCUCGAUUGGCCUUCUGAACCUUAGCUUAGGAUUCAAUUCCAUUGGAUUCUACCAGAUGACAAAGUUGGCCAUAAUACCCUUCACAGUGCUAUUGGAGACUAUAUUCCUCAAGAAAAGAUUCAGUGAGACAAUCAAGUUUUCUCUUCUGGUCUUGCUACUUGGAGUUGGCAUCGCUUCAGUUACCGACCUCAAGUUAAAUUACCUCGGAUCUGUUCUUUCUGGCCUCGCCAUAGCCACGACUUGUGUUGGCCAAAUUCUCACAAAUACGAUACAGAGGAAGCUGAAGGUCUCAUCAACGCAGCUUCUGUACCAAUCAGCGCCUUACCAGGCAGCCAUUCUGUUCGCCACUGGCCCCUUCGUGGACCAUCUCCUCACCGGCCGCAGCGUCUUCGCCCACAUAUACACUUUCCCAGUUGUGGGCUUCAUCAUCCUGUCGUGCCUGAUCGCGGUGUCGGUGAACUUCAGCACGUUCCUGGUGAUCGGGACGACGUCGCCGGUGACGUACCAGGUGCUGGGCCACCUCAAGACGUGCCUGGUCCUGUCGUUCGGCUACACGCUGCUGCACGACCCCUUCACCGCGCGGAACAUCCUGGGCAUCCUCGUCGCCAUCUUCGGCAUGGCGCUCUACUCCGUCUUCUCGGUGCGUGAGGGCAAGAAGAAGUCCGCGGGCGACGCCCUCCCGGUGUCACAGAUGCCUGACAAGGAAACGGAGCCGCUGGUGGCGACCAAGGACAACAGCGACACCAAAAAAGCCAACGGGGUAGCUCACGACUGCUAAGAUGUCCCCGUUGCUUAUAUAGCUUGAUUAGCGCAGCUCUAGUGUUACUACGCACUGUCUGUUCUGAAUCUCAGAAGGUCAGGGAAGAAGCCAUAUUCCUUUUGUUUCUUAUAAUACUGUAUGUGUAGUAGCACCAUUUUUUUUAAUGGCAGUGGGGGUGUUUUAGCACGGUGUACAA